AUGCUGGGGGCCGAGAUCCCCUUCCCCCGCCCCAGGAGAGAAGCUUGGCCAGAGCUUGUGGAGGAGCCUUCGCCGCCGGGGACCGGGGUGGAAGAUUCGGCUGGGCAGGGGAUUGCCACCACCACCACCUCCUCUUCUUCCUCCUCCUCCUCGAUGGCGCAGCGGUGGGAGGAAGAGGAGAGGCGGGGGGCGGCCCCCCUGGCCAGAGACCCCCUGCGCGGGGGGGAGGCGGCCGGGGGCGAGGAGGAGCCGCUCCUCAGGGGCAUUUUCCAGAUCGGGAAGAGGAGCUGCGACGUGGUGCUCAGCGCCAGGCAGCUCCGGUGGAGCCCCAUCCAGCCCGAGAGCCGCGGGGGUGAUUCCAAUAUGAACUUACCAUGUAAAGAGGAGUUUGUUGAAAUGAAAGAUAUAUUUUCCGUAAAAUUGAAACGUCGUCGUUUUGUAGGACAGAAGAAAGGUGGUGUAUUGUUAGGUAUCACAAUUUUUGUAUGCCUGAAAAAAGAAAAUAAACUAAAGGACACUGCCAUCAAUUUUAAUAAUUUAAGUGAAGACCACUGUCAUUCCUGGUUUAGAUGUUUGAAGGAAAUUUUGAAUGGCUUUCCAAAUAGACCAAAGUUCCUAAAAGUAUUUGUUAACCCAAACAGUCAUAAAAGAGAAGCUACUCAUGUUUAUUAUGAACAAGUUGCACCUCUCUUUAAGCUUGCUGACAUCAAAACUGACGUCACAGUAACUGAAUAUGAAGGACAUGCUCUCUCAGUGCUUACGGAAUGUGAACUCCACCCAUUUGAUGGGGUGGUUUGUGUUGGUGGCGAUGGGUCUACCAGUGAGAUAGCUCAUGGUCUACUACUUAGAGCUCAGAUGGAUGCUGGAAGAGAUACAGAUUACAUUCUUUCACCUGUCAGAGCACCACUUCCUCUUGGCAUUAUACCAGCAGGUUCCACUAAUGUUUUGGCUCAUACUCUUCAUGGAAUCAACCAUGCAGUAACUGCAACAUUGCAUAUUAUAAUGGGACAUAUACAGCCAGUGGACAUCUGCACUUUCAGUAGUCCAAGCAAGCUUCUUCGUUUUGGAUUCUCAGCUAUGUUUGGUUUUGGUGCAAGAACUCUGGCUUUGGCAGAAAAGCAUCGCUGGAUGCCCUCCAACCAGCGGAGAGAUUUUGCUGUAAUUAAAACACUGGCAAGUCUAAAGCCAGAGGAAUGUGAGUUAUCAUUUCUACCUCUGAAAAAUUCACUGCAGGGCUCCCAGGAGAAUGUUACAAAGAAGAAAGAGAGAUUUAAAAAAUCUGACAGCAAGGUUCAGUGGCACACGAUUCAAGGUCACUUCCUGAAUGUGAGCAUUAUGGCAAUCCCCUGUCUAUGUUCAAUGGCACCAAGAGGCUUGGCACCUAAUACCAGGUUGAAUAAUGGUAGCAUGGCUCUUAUUGUUGUACGAAACACUUCUCGGUCAGAGUUUAUAAAACAUCUGAAAAGAUAUGCCAGUGUGAAAAAUCAGUUUAAUUUUCCCUUUGUUGAGACUUAUGCAGUUCAGGAAGUAAAAAUCCAACCAAGAACUAAAAUUGGGCAUGACACAGAAGAAAAUGUGGUUUUGCAUGCUACUUCUGCAGAAGGGAAUUAUCCUUGGAAUAUAGAUGGAGAUUUAAUGGAAGGAGCAUCAGAGGUUCACGUUCGGGUGCACCCGCAACUUAUUAAUCUUUAUGGAGUGAGCAUUGAUGAACUGGAUGAUUCCAAAGCAAUGUGCAGUUGUCUGUAG